UUGGUUCUUUCAGUGACGUAGUUCUGUGCGCUUGAUCAAGCUUAUAAAGAAACCGUCGGUGCGGGAUAUUCGGUAACUUCUCAGCAGAGUUAUUUCUCAUAGUUAUUAUGGAUAUUGUGAAACAGAAGGUUAACUUAAUGGAGUGUUUGAAUGUUCCAAGAAUCCUGCCAAAUUCUCCACGAAAAUCAAUAGGACAGAUCCAGGUAAUCUUUGGCCCAAUGUUCUCAGGCAAAAGCACGAGGCGAGUGCGUCGUUUCCAGAUCGCUCAGUACAACUGUUUGGUGGUCAAAUAUGCCAAAGAUACACGCUACUCCGAGAAGGGCGUGGCCACGCAUGACAAAAACACAAUGGAAGCCGUACCAGCCAACUGCCUGAGCGACGUGCGUUCUCUAGUUCUGCAGGCUUGCGUCAUCGGAAUCGACGAAGGACAGUUUUUCCCAGACACAGUGGAGUUCUGUGAGGAGAUGGCCAACAUGGGGAAGACUAUAAUUGUAGCGGCCCUGGACGGAACCUUCCAGAGAAAGCCCUUUGGAAACAUCCUGAACCUGGUUCCCCUGGCUGAGAGCGUUGUGAAGCUGAACGCUGUCUGUAUGCAGUGUUACAAGGAGGCAGCAUACACCAAGAGACUGGGGGCAGAGAAAGAGGUGGAGGUGAUUGGUGGAGCCGAUAUGUACCAUGCACGGUGCAGGAAGUGUUACGGUGGCUUGAUGGAUGUGAUGAAGGAUAAUAGCGCCCCCCACAGGGACGAGACACCACCGCAUGUGAUGACAGAGAAACUGCUUGACAACACUACAUCGCCACGGAAACUCUUCGCCACCCUGCAACUCUGAUCAUUACCAGUAGACUAUUCUUAAAGGGAUAGUUCACUCACAUGACUUUAAAGGGAGAGUUGACUUGAAUUGGAACUUUGAAUGAGAUGGUGAACAAUCCCUUUCAAUUUUAGGUUUGGUAAUUUGACUGGAGAUGAGUUAAAAGGGAUAGUUGUCGACUUCAUUUUCUAAUUGGAGUAAUGAACUAUCCCUUUAAGUUUUGCACUUGGGAUGAGCGGGGACAGUAAAUGAAUCUCCAUCAACCCACUGAACGGUAUUGUAUCUGUGUAGUAACUGUCAUUUUAUAGGGCUUCAUAUACUUCAAUGUAAAUAUUUCUAAAACAUUGACCAAAUUAGUACAUAUAUUUUGUAAGACUUGGAUACACCUGCUAAAACAUACAUACUGCCAUGCAAUGAGUCCAGUGUACACAACUUAAUAUUCAACUGUUACUUUUUGUAGUGCUGGUCUGAUUUGCCUCCUAUAAUAAUACAAAUAUAUUUUUGAAAUGUU